GUCCAGUCCAGUCUCAUGUGCCGCGUGAAACGAGGGGGAUUUUUGUUCCGUUCUGCUUGCAUAUUCCCCGCCUUUGCGCGUAGCCUCCACCACCCCGUUCCCAUUCCCGUUCCCAGCCAGCCAGCCAGCCAGACAGCCAUUGUCUGCCUCAGUUUUUAACUAACUUGCGAAUUCCGAGCUUCUCGACAGCGAUCUUCAACCUACCCGUGCCUCUCCAACUCUUUCUUUUUCCUCGCCAUUCCGGGUGUUUUCAAUUCAUGCGCGGGCGGUCGACGCCGGCCAGCAAAUUUAAUCUUCUUCCCCUACCGCGAGUUCCCUGCUGACCCCGAAACCGAGAUAGUUUCAACGUUUCUUGGCCUUGGGCUGCUUCCCCUCGCCACGACCAAGCAACCUCGUCCACGACCUGCGGCUCUUCUCCUCCGGUCCGGCCGGAUGGCAUUGGACGUGCUCCUCAGGCUGCUGGUCCUCGCGGCCGUCGUGAGCGCCAUGCUGGUGCCGGGCCACGCAGAUCCCGCCGGCGCCGGGCUCGCCGUCGGGUUCUACGACAAGACUUGCCCGGCCGCGGAGGAGCUGGUGCUCGAGGAGAUGCGGCACAUCGUCCACGAGGACAGGACCCUCGGCCCGGCGCUGCUCCGGCUUCUCUUCCACGACUGCUUCGUCAGGGGGUGCGACGGGUCGAUCAUGCUGAAAUCGAGGAGCAAGAAGGGGGAGAGAGACGCCAUGCCGAUGAGCUACAGCCUCCGCGGCUUCGACGAGGUCGAGAGGAUCAAGGCCAAGCUGGAGGACGAGUGCCCGCUCACCGUGUCGUGCGCAGACAUCAUCAUCAUGGCCGCGCGGGACGCCGUGUACCUGACCAACGGGCCACGGUUCCCGGUGGAGACCGGACGCCGGGACGGCAAGGUGUCGACAUGCUACGACGCCGAGAACGACCUGGCGCCGCCGAACGCCAACAUUGUGGACCUAAAGACCUACUUCAGCGUGAAGAACCUGUCGUGGAAGGACCUCGUGGUGCUGUCAGGGAGCCACACGAUCGGGAGGGCGCAGUGCGCCGCGUUCGCGCCGGACCGGCUCUACAACAACAGCGGCAAAGGGGUGCAGGACCCGACGCUGGACAAGGCGUACGCCCCGGAGCUGCGGGAGAGGUGCGAGCCAGGCAACAAGAAGGACGAAACGCUGGUGGACAUGGACCCCAAGAGCCCCUACGAGUUCGACCUCAGCUACUACCGGGACUUGUACAGCAACAGGGCCCUGUUCGUCUCCGACCAGGCGCUGCUCGACGACAAGUGGACGAGAGACUACGUGGCGAGGAUGGCGGCGGCGGAGUCGACGGAGGAGUACUUCAGGGACUACGCCGCCGCCAUGAUCAACAUGGGCAGGAUGGAGGUGCUCACCGGAGCCGACGGGGAGAUCAGGAAAAUCUGCAGCGCGUACGUUGACUAAUCGAGCCGGCGGUUGGUCGAUGCGAGUUGGUGCAAGUGCCUCCAUCGGUCGUCAUGUGGACGGGGUCACGACGGCCGGCGUGGCCGCCAGCCGCAAGGCACUUGCAUUAUUCUAGGGGUGGUUAGAGAAUUGACACCGCCACGCGGCGAAUCUUCCUGUGUUUGUAUGUAAAAAGUCGUCUCUUUGUUCUUUACACCGAAUGCCCUUUGAGAUUUAGCGAGCUGUAAUUAUAUUUUUUUUGAGUCAAUUACACUGGUCGUGUUA